UCAACAUUUAGUUGUGGGAGUUUGGCAGAACUGUUUAUGUAAAGGAAGUAGUCUCCGGGAUUGUUUUGUCUUGCAUUGAUGUGAUUGUCAACACUUCUCCAUUCCUUUUUAUAAUUUAAAAACCAGAAUGAUUGCAGAAUUGGUGAUUUUCAUUAUUUUUCUAGUACUUUUACGACUCUUUGUUUUUAAAUCAAGAACAGAGAGAAUGCUAGAGAAAUUACCUGGACCUAAAGGUUAUCCAAUUAUAGGAAACUUGUUGGAUUUUGACUAUCCUCGAACUGAGGUGACAGAAACAAUGAAGCAGCUGUCAUUCAAGUUUGGUUCUGUGUUUUGCUUCAAACUCGGCUUUGACCCAAUCAUUGGGUUGAGAAACCCUUCAGAUAUUGAGCUAGUGCUGGGCAGCACUUCUAUAAUUGACAAAGGUCCGCUAUACUGGCCGCUGUACCCUUGGCUGAACCAGGGCCUAUUGACGAGUGGAGGAGAAAAGUGGAGGAAGCACCGGAAGAUUUUGACUCCAGCCUUCCAUUUUAAGGUGCUUGAGAACUUUGUCCCACUUUUCGGCAAACAUGCUCAAGUCUUGACAAAGAAGCUGCUCACUCUGACAGACAUAGAGGUUGACAUCAUGCCUAUCAUUGCUCUGUGUGCUCUGGAUGUGAUAUCCGAAACUGCCAUGGGACUGGAGAUUAAUGCACAGUUGAAGGAAUCAAAAUAUGUCAAAGCAGUCAAUGAGCUACAAGAAAUCAUGGCGCAUCGCAAUUUUGACUUUCUACAGAGGAGUUUCUUGUUCCCGCUGUUGCCCUCGGGGCGGCGGCACGACCAGCUGAUAGCUUACCUCCACAGUGUGACGGAAGACGUAAUGAAAGAACGCAAAGCCAAACUUCUUGAUACUUUGCCCUCUCAGGAAGAAGAGUCUUUUGAGGACAAAGAGAUGGGGAUCAAGAAGAAGAAGGUGUUUCUAGACCUUUUGCUGCAAUAUAACUCAGAAGGAGCUGGAAUGACUGAUGAUGAAAUAAGGGACGAAGUGGAUACUUUCAUGUUUGAGGGUUAUGACACCACUACAUCUACAACUUCUUUUUGCCUCUACGCUUUAUCUCAGAAUCCAAAUGUUCAGGAAAGAGCUUUGGAAGAAUUGAAAACAAUUUUUGGAGAUAGUGAAAGAGAAGCUACGUUUCAGGACCUGCAGGAAAUGAAGUAUUUGGACAAAGUAAUCAAGGAAACCUUACGAAGAUAUCCGACGGUCCAAUUUAUAGCUAGAAAAAGUAGUGAUGAUCUUCUACUGAAUAGUGGCUAUACUCUACCAAAGGACAUCUCAAUAAUGGUACUCAUAGAGGCUAUGAACCAUGACCCAGACGUUUACCCGGACCCGAUGAACUUUGACCCAGACCGGUUUGACCAGAAGGCAGCAAACCCGUACACGUUUGUCCCAUUCAGUGCUGGCGUUCGGAACUGUAUAGGUCAAAAGUACGCCAUGCUAGAGGUGAAGUCUGUGGUUUCUAAUAUUUUGCGGAGGUUCCGUCUGCUCCCGUCUGAUGUUCCAAUAACUCCAUGGUUCAACAUUGUUCUCAAAUCAAAGACUGGGGUCUACUUGAAGCUCGAAUCUCGAAACAUCUGAGUGUAAAGGAUUUCACUGUGGUUUUAAUGGAGUUCUACGCUAUCAUAUGAUUGGCUAGACUGAUAGAGUCAACAGUACUCAGGGAGGUUCGUGAAAAGUUUAUAUGAACCAAUAUACUUGGACAAGAGUUGCUAUUAUGAAA